CUGGUCCGUGUUUCCGAGGCACUCAGUGACAAAUGUGCAGAUGUACAGAUGACCCCGCUGUUAGAGCAGGUCAAUGACAACUCAAAGCAACUCCAAGAUAACGCCGGCGAGGGGAGUGAUAAGGCCUAUAAUAACCACCACUUAGAUUUCGUCUAGAGAGGCUAUGAGUCGGGCAUAGGGCGUACUUGUCACUCGAGGCCCGGUUGCCAGAUAUCUGGUUGAACAUCGCUGUUGUCUUGAAUCUGGGUUUGACUAACUUCAACUCCUUGUCUCAAUAAGCGAUUGAGUCCAGCUUCCUGACUUACACGAAAUAUUCACACCUGGGUCACCAACUCAACCAAGAAAUCGAGUCGCCAUCUGAUUUAGAAAUCACUAGCGAGCUUCCCUCGGCAAACAUGGGAUUCAACUUGAUACCCGUAACAAUCGCAAGUGCAGCAGCAUGGCUUCUCUACACCCUCAUCCUCCACCCUCUCUUCCUCUCCCCUCUGUCCAAGAUCCCAGUCCCACACUGGUCAUGUCACAUCUCCCCCCUCUGGAUCCUAUACACGCGGAAAUACAACCGCCAGAACCGCACCCUCCACGAAGCGCACCUCAAGCUCGGUCCCGUCGUGCGCAUCGGCCCCAACGAGCUCAGCGUCGACGGCUACGAUGCCCUCAAAACGGUGUACCAGGGCGGCUUCGAGAAGGACCAGUGGUACUCCAUCUUUGACAAUUACGGUGUCCCCAACAUGUUCUCAACCCUCUCUUCAAAACCUCACUCCCUCCGCAAACGCAUGGUCUCAAACGCCUACGCUAAAUCCUUCAUCCACGCCUCGGAGCCCGCAAAAGCCCAAGCCCGCGCCAUCCUCUUCGGCCGUCUACUGCCCUUACUAUCCGCCUCAUCAUCAUCUAGACAAACGGAGAGCACCAAUACCAAGGGCACCAACACCAACCCCGGACCCGAACCCGGAGCCGGCAUCGACGUCUUCUCCACCUUCCUCGCCUCCACAAUGGACUUCAUCACAGCCUACACCUUCGGCCUCCGCAAUAGCACAGACUUCCUUCGCCAAAGGGCCUACAGAGACCACUGGCUCCAACUCUACCUCGCGCGCGCAAGCCACGGCUUCUGGCCACAGGAAACCCCUCGGCUGAACGCGCUCGCUUCCCGCUUGGGUAUGGGAUGGUGGAAACUAUACCCAUCGUGGGUGGACGAUGCCAAUGCCGAGAUAUGGGCGUGGAACUGGCGGUUGUGCGAGGGGGCGAGGGAGUAUGUCCGUACUCAUCAAAAGGGAGUGAGUGCCACCACUACUGCCACCGUUACUGCAAAAGAAGAGGGACAAGGGAAAAGAGACGCGGCCGACGAACCAGUCGUCCUCUGCGCAAUGGAAUCCGGCAUCGAAAAAGAGCGCCUCGCAAACGGGCAAAACUCCAUCCUCUACCCAACCACGAUCCUCCAAAAAGACGCGUCCGUAGCCUCGGAAAUUCUAGACCAAGUCCUAGCAGGCCAAGAGACGGCGGGAAUAGCACUUACCUACCUCGCCUGGCAUCUCUCCAAAUCCGCCUUCCUCCAACAACAGCUCCGCCAAGAACUACUUUCAUUAUCGCCAGACCUCAGAAUGUCAGCAGCAGCAGAUUCCACAACUCUACCCCCCUCCCUCCCAGACCCAAAACAAAUCGACGCCCUCCCCCUCCUCCACGCAGUCAUAAUGGAAACCCUCCGCCUCCAUGCACCCAUCCCCGGCCCAGAACCCCGCCGGACCCCACACCUCCCGUCGCCCUGCCGGCUCGGCGACUUCUCGGUCCCGGGCGGCGUCCGCGUCGCGGCGCUGGGCUACACCCUCCACCGCAACGCAGCCGUGUUCCCCGAUCCAGAGGUCUGGGACCACACCCGCUGGCUCGCCUCACACACCAGCGAGGCGCAGAGAAGAGAGAUGCUGCGCUACUUUUGGGCUUUCGGGAGCGGUGGGAGGAUGUGCGUUGGGUCUAAUUUUGCAAUGAAUGAAAUGAAACUCAUAACUGCAGCAAUCUGGACGAAUUUUACGACGCAUGUGGUUGAUGAUGAGGGUAUCGAGCAGGACGACACGUACACGGCACGGCCCAUAGGCGAGCGCUUGAUUCUGCGGUUUGUACAUGUAGAGUAAGAUGUCGUAAUGGUUCAGACUUGACCAAGCGCGCCGAACCGCUGGCCGAUUCAAACUUAGUGUCACUAAUGGAAUGAGGUUUUCGAAAAAGGACCACCAGCUUCGUUGAUCUUCACGGGCCAGCUCCAAUCGUUGAUCCCGGUCAAGGUAGGUAGGUCCCACGGCGGAGUGUGAAGAUUCUCGAUUCCUUGGAGAACAACAACGUGAUGGUAACAAAGCAACACAAAUUUGCGCUUGUUAUUUGGUCUGAGCUUCAGAGCCGACUGCUUGACAUAUACGUAAAAGUAC